ACACACAUAACGUGUAGUCACUGGUCUCAUCGGUCAGUCGUUCGCUACCAAACAAACACUUUUACGUCUAAACCUCCACGUUUUUAGAGAUCUCUCAAUCUCAGCGGGCCCUCACUUAAGAACUCGUAUUUUUAAAGAAAAGCUAAUAUCAUCUUUUAUUUCAUUUCUAAUAUUUACUGGGAGAGAAAAGACGAGUUUUUGUUGCUCUUUCGAAUUUUUGUGGAACAAUAGAAGAUGCUAGUCGGAUGCAGGACAGCUCGUCAUUUUGUAAAAUCGACUGCACGUCGGUUCAUCGAACAGAAACGUUUGGAAAGCUUGACAACGGGCAACGGUAUGUCAUCUCCUUCCUCAACUCACGCAAACACUGCUCCAGUCGUGCAGAGCCAUUUUGCGCACAGACCACAGCACGUCAGCUCGGCCCCCUCGCGCUCAAUGGAAAUUGACGAUCAGAACGGUGUUCAACACUAUCCGAUGCUUCUCAACGUCACCCACAUUGACAUGACGUCCCGUGCCGAUGACAUUCGUGCCGGGCUUAUCGACACGUUUUUGAAUCUGGAAAGAGUGGACAAGAACUUGUAUUUGGCUCGUCACUUGCUCAAAGGCCGAAACUCUUUGCCAGUUGUUUACGGAGGACAGGUCAUCGGACAAGCUCUCUCGGCCGCCACCGCCACCGUCGAAGUCGGCUUCGUUCCAAACAGUCUUCACAGCUACUUUGUUCAAAGUGGCAACGUGGAACGCCCGAUUCUAUACCAAGUUGACCGCAUCAGAGACGGAAAGAGCUUCUGCACUAGAUUGGUGAAGGCUCUGCAAGAUGGUGAAGCCAUCUUCACAGUACAAAUCUCGUUUCAUAGACCAGAAGCGGAUUCCAUUGUCCACCAGUUGCCAAUGCCCGAGGUUCCGGCUCCAGAUAGUCUCGAGGAUCUUUCGGACACUUUUGAGAGAAUCAAGAAGAAUGCUAACAUUCCUCCAGCUGCACUUGCGAUGAUUGGAUUCAAGCAAAAGGAAAUUCCACCCGCAUUCUUCAGAAUCUUUUCGUUCCGCCCAGUCGACAUUGACUCAUACCUUUGUCUGAAAAAAGACGAUCAUACGGCUGGACAUGGCCAUCCAACUGAUGCCUACCGAUCGUACGUCUGGAUUAAAGCAAACGAGAACAUUGGGGAUGAUCCACGACUUCACUUGGCUGCUGCUGCAUACAUUUCGGAUGCAACGAUGAUUGAAACUGCAUUGAGACCUCAUUCGAAACGCGGCUUCAUCCCAUCAAUGGCUCUCACUCUUGACCACUCGAUUUGGAUGCACACUGACAACUUCCGUGUCGACGACUGGAUGCUCUAUGAGAAUCACUCAACGAUUGCCGGUGGCGGACGUAGUCUUAUUGAAGGAAAGCUGUGGACCAGAGACGGACGUUUGGUGUUCUCGACCACACAAGAAGCGCUGAUCCGAACCGCUAAGAAUCGUCCAAAUGCGUCUCCUGCCAAAUAAUAGUAAUAAUGAAACUUGGAAUCUUCAUUUAUUUAUUGUACAUCUUUUUUUUUGAAACUUCGAUCAAAAAUAUAAACGGACAUUCGUGUAGUGUUAAGUGUAGUUUUAAGUUUUUCUUUUGAAUGAUCUCUUUCUUUUUUAAAAAAAAAAGUUUUUUUAGUUUUUUUUUGUUUGUAUUUUUUCAGUACAGUUUUGAUACAUUUAAGAAAUGUGAGAAAUUAAAGAGAUAAGUUUGAAAUUUUUAGGUCAGCGGGCAUGAGGGUAUGUGUUGAUUUGUAAUUUGAUUAGAUGAGGAAGAAAUUGAUAAAUAUGUACAAAAUGAAAAUUAUUC